AUUCGCUCUUGAUCUUUUCAACAGAAGACUUCAAAUAAAUUUAAAAUGAUUUGCCGCUGGAGUUAUACGCUUUUAUGGCUGACAUGUGUGGUAGCGAUUUUACCAAUCUUAAAAGGAGAAGCUGUGGCCAAUAGACUUGACAAGCGGACGCAAUCAAAUGGAGGAGAGUAUAUACCAAUAACAUUUUUUAAUGCAAUCAGGUUAGCAGAGGACUCUAAGCAAUCACUUCAAAAUCAGCUGAGGAAUUUUCGUGAAAAUCUACAGAAAAAUUUAACAACUUCCACAAUGCUAAGUAUCUUAGACGAUAACUAUCAAAAUACCGAACAUCAGAUAAUAAAAUUACAUGAUUUGUCGGCAUUCUUCGAUACAGCAGCCGAUAUCGCUAGAAUUUUUGCACAUGAUUCCGAAAUGUUCUAUGAAGUUGCCAAAAAUUCAAGUUAUACCCUUUUGUUGCAGCUUCGCCAAAUGCCUACAACGCAACUUACGCUGGUAAAACUUCUCCUAACAAAUUAUUUUGAGGAAAUGGAAUUCUUUCACAUAAUGUUUUCUGAGAUUAUUGACGAAGCACUCGAAUACACGCAGAACACACUACUCGCGAUCCAGAAAACCUUUACAUACUAUGCCGAUGUACAGCAAUUUGUUUUGCAGAACUGGAAUUUUAAGAGUGAUAUAGGCUGCUGUAAGGGGUAUAUGGAAUUUUUGCAACUUUAUUCGGCACAAAUCUUCAAGUGUGCAGCAGGACAUGAUCUCACCGUUGCAUUGGAUGUGUUUGCCAUGACUGAGAUCACUAGCAAAUACAUUAUGCGACAGCUUGAGUUUCGCAUACAAAGACUUUGCAAUUGUUUUUUGUUCGGAAAUUAUGAAAUUCGAUGUAAAUUUCUUAAAAAUGCUGAGCGUGACUUCGAAUUAUUAUUCAGUAAACUUGAGGAACUAGAAACAUAUUUUGACUUAAAAAUGAAAAAGGGUCUGGUUUCCUCACGUAGAUUCCGUCGUCGAAGUCAAGUUGAAAAUCGUGAUUUUGAAAGCAACAGAGUUCACAAUCAUUGCAUACCUGUAGAUUUUCCACAGGGUCAAAUGAAUAAAAGCUUGAAGCAAUGUUUUUAUACCAUAAAAAUAUAUUAAUCCUAUUAUAUGAUUCUCAAAAAAAGUUGCAAUUUAAUGAAUCAAUAUAAAGAUGACAUUGUGAAUUAA